AUGCAUGCUGAAGGAUCGAGUAGCAAACGGCACAGGGCUUCAGGCAGUGCAGAAGGUCGUGGAGGAGCAGAGCAUGCGCCACCGAAAGUGCGGUUGGAGGACUUGGGAGGGGUGGAUCACUUUAUUGAAAAGGUCAAGGAGUACGUCAUGAUGCCUCUCGCCCAUCCAGAGGUUUACGCACAUAUGGGAGUGAAGCCUCCAAGGGGAAUCUUGCUUCACGGCCCCCCUGGAACAGGAAAGACCAUGAUGGCGAACGCAAUUGCAGGCAGCCUGGGUGUACCGUUCAUCACUAUUUCUGCGCCCUCAGUCGUCUCGGGAAUGUCUGGAGAGUCCGAGAAGAAGAUCCGCGAGGUAUUCGAAGAAGCCAAGGAGCUGGCACCUUGUCUGAUGUUCAUUGACGAGAUUGAUGCCAUCACACCCAAGCGAGAGACAGCACAGAGGGAAAUGGAGAGGCGUAUCGUUGCACAGCUUCUUACAUGCAUGGACGAUCUGAAUCUGGAAAACACUAAUGGCAAGCCGGUCAUGAUUAUUGGUGCCACCAAUCGACCCGACUCACUGGAUCCUGCCCUGAGGCGAGCAGGCCGUUUUGAUCUGGAGAUUAAUAUCGGUGUCCCAGAUCAGGAUUCUCGCGAGCAGAUCCUUCGAGUCAUGUCCUCAAAACUGAAGCUCGCUGGUGAUUUUGAUUUCAAGGAGCUGGCAAAAUUGACGCCAGGAUAUGUCGGAGCAGAUCUGAAUGCAUUAACUGCAGCAGCAGGUGUGGUUGCGCUCAAGCGCAUUUUCCAGGAAAUCGGCAACAUUGAUAAGAUCAGUGAGGUCGAGGUAUUGGAGAGCGUAACGGACGACCUGGAAAUGAUGGAUAUGGAUCAGCAAAUAACAAAAACUCCCAGCAAGGAGAUACAGAUCGAUCUCAUUGAGCAACAGACUGCCUCACAGACAGAAGUGACAGCUAAUCUCGCAGUGUCAACAGCAACCGUGACGACAACCACCAACAUUACAACAUCAUCUUUAAGCUCAAAAACCACUCAUCAGAAUCAUAAGCCCGUCCACUCUAUUAGCGCCUUCUUACAAUCUCACCCCGAUCCACUUACGCCAGAACAACUUGAGCCCCUGGUUAUCAUCAACGACGAUUUUUUGAUCGCUCUGACCAAGGUGCAGCCUUCUGCUAAACGUGAGGGCUUUGCGACUGUCCCGGACGUCUCAUGGGAUAAGAUCGGAGCGUUGCAGUACGUUCGUGACGAACUGCGCAUGGCGGUGGUCGAGCCUAUCAAAUACCCAGCUUUAUUUGCAUCGGUUGGUAUUCAAACUCCUGCCGGUGUCCUGUUGUGGGGUCCUCCUGGGUGCGGAAAGACUCUGCUGGCCAAGGCCGUCGCGAGUGAGAGCAGGACCAACUUUAUCUCUGUCAAGGGACCCGAGCUGCUGAACAAGUAUGUCGGUGAAAGUGAGAGGGGCAUCCGUCAAGUUUUUGCGCGAGCGCGCGCAUCUGCUCCAUGUGUCAUCUUUUUCGAUGAAUUGGACGCGCUUUGCUCAAAGCGUGAUGAUUCUCAGUCAGAAGCAUCAGCCCGAGUUGUCAACACGCUGUUAACGGAGCUGGAUGGCAUGGAGAACCGAUCGGCUGUAUAUGUGAUCGCGGCGACGAACCGUCCCGAUAUUAUCGAUCCAGCCAUGCUCCGACCUGGCCGUCUCGAUAAGCUGCUCUAUGUACAACUGCCCACGAUGGAAGAACGCCUCGACAUCUUGCAGACACUUUCGAGAAAGACGCCUCUUGCCCCCGAUGUUAAACUGGAUAUGGUUGCCUCGGAUGAGCGGUGCGAAAACUUUUCUGGUGCGGAUCUCGCAUCACUGGUGCGUGAGGCUGGUAUGUCUGCGCUGCGGAGCACACUCAUGAAGCUGAAUGAGAUGGGUAAGGCUGGCGAGAAGCUGGAUGAUAAUCGGGGAGCACAGGCAAGGCAGGGCUUGAUCGGAGAAGGCGGACCCUCGGAUGACCUACUAUCGACACCGAUCACGGUGUCUUGGCACGAUUUUGAUACUGCGUUCACGAAAGUCUCGCCUAGUGUAUCACCUCAGGACAAGAUGAAGUACGACAAACUACAUGUUAAAUUUGGAGGAGGGUCCGCGAAAGCCAAGAAACUGAAGCAGAAGCAAUUGGAGACAGUAAAGGUCGAUGAGAGUGCCAGAGCAUCCAAGGCAGAGGACUCUGAUUCAUCACUCUAA